GCGAAGGAAGGACAGGCGCGUGCGUUGAUUUUAACUAGGAUUAAAACGCCGCGUGAAAACUUGUGUCACUUGUGAUUUGGAACAAAACCGUCAAAGACAAACUGAAUACAGACCUGAGGAUAUUCUUUGUAGCCCUAUUUCUGUCAGAGUUGGAUUUGGAACUGGAUUUAGAAUCUGGAAUUGUUUGAAUACCUUAAUCGGCCCGCUCGAGAAGAAGCGCGUGAAGCACCUGGACUGAAGAAAGGUCAGUAGCGACAGGGCGCUCGUGAGAGCCGCUUCAGCACGAGAUGCGACUGCAGGUGCUCGCGGUUCUGCUCCUCCAUCUACAAGCAGCUGCUGCCCAAACUCAAGAAGUUUGUUUAGGAACCAAGAAUGGGUUAAGUUUCACAGACAGCCCAGCGCAGCACUACGCCAACCUGAAGGAGCGUUUCAAUGGCUGUGAAAUCAUCAUGGGUAACUUGGAAAUUACUCAGAUGGAGCGAGACUUUGACUUCUCUUUCCUAAGAAGUGUUCGAGAAGUUACUGGUUACGUCCUCAUUGCCACGAACCAGUUCAGCAGGCUACCUCUGGAGCAGCUGCGAGUAAUCCGUGGCAGCACGUUGUACGAGAAGGAAUGGGCUUUGUCUGUUUUCCUUAACCAUGAGGAUGAGAAUGGCUUGGUGGAUUUGGGUCUAACUCAUCUUACAGAGAUCCUGCAGGGGGGAGUGCAGAUUGUUAAUAAUAUAUACCUGAGCUACGCACCUUGGAUCAACUGGCAUGACAUUGUGGGAGAUAGCAAUGCCACUAUCCAGAUCAGUGAUAAUGGAAAAAAAGUGUCAUGCAAUCCUGACUGUAAGGGUUACUGCUGGGGUCCUAAUAAGACCCAGUGUCAGAUCUUGACAAAGACAGUGUGUGCACCACAGUGUCAUGGCCGGUGUUUUGGUCCCAGUCCUCAGCACUGUUGCAACACAGAGUGUGCAGGAGGCUGUACGGGUCCUAAAGAAACAGACUGCUUUGCUUGUCGGCAUGUGAACCAUUCAGGAGCGUGUGUGCCUCACUGUCCACAGCCCCUCAUCUACAACAAGCAAACCUUCCAGCUGGAACCCAAUCCAAAUGCCAUGUACCAGUACGGUUCAGUCUGUGUGCACAAAUGCCCCACUCACUUUCUGGUGGAUGGCAGUGCGUGUGUGAGUAGCUGCCCUCCUGAUAAAAUGGAAGUUGAGAGGAAUGGCAUGAAGCAGUGUGAGCCAUGCAAUGGGCUCUGCCCAAAAGUGUGCGAGGGUACAGAUCCUAGCAAAAGUAACAGACAGACCGUAGAUUCAAGCAACAUUGACAGUUUCAUCAACUGUACAAAAAUCCAGGGCAGCCUCCACUUUCUUGUCAUGGGUAUUCAUGGGGAUGCUUUUCUUGGCAUCCCACGCCUGGACUCAGAGAAACUCAAGGUGUUCAGCGCUGUGAGAGAAAUAACAGGAAUUUUGAAUAUUCAGUCUUGGCCUUCGGAUCUCAAAAAUCUGUCAAUUUUCUCUAAUCUCACUACUAUACGAGGAAGGUCGCUCCACCAGCCUUUCUCUCUGUUGGUGAUGAAGGUAGAUUCUCUCACAUCUCUGGGACUACGUUCACUCCAAGAGAUCAAUGAUGGCAGCGUGUACAUCAGCAAUAACACUAACCUGUGUUACCAUCAUACUGUGGACUGGCUGCAGAUCUUCAGUGGCACCCGUGCCAAGCGCCGGCGCAGCUUCAAUGACAUCAAGUUUAACAAGCCACAAAGUCGCUGUGAGGCUGAGGGCCAUGUGUGUGAUCCGCUGUGUUCAGAUUCAGGCUGCUGGGGCCCUGGACCUGAUCAGUGUCUGUCCUGCAGGAAUCACAGUCGCCACCAAACCUGUGUGGCCCAAUGUCACAUCUACUCUGGGGAGACGCGGGAGUUUGCAGGUCCAGGUGGGGAGUGUCGUGCGUGCCAUACUGAGUGUUUACCACAGGACGGGACAGAGACUUGCAGAGGAGAGGGAGCAGAUGAUUGUGUGGCAUGUUCUAACCUGAUGGAUGGCCCUCAUUGUGUGUCAUCAUGCCCCAAUGGAGUGAUUGGGGAGAAGGGGCAGGCUGUUUAUAAGUACCCUAACUCUAAACGACAGUGCCAGCCCUGCAACCCAUCCUGUGAGAUGGGAUGCACCGGCCCUCAUUUAAGACACUGCAUAGAUUCUGACGGUACAUCCGACAGUCCUCAUAUUGCAGGUGUAGUGAGUGGCGUGUUGGCAGGUCUAAUCGUGUGUUUGGCACUUGUGGUGAUGGCAUUGCUGUACCGUCGUGGCCUGGCCAUUCGUCGCAAGAGAGCACUCCGGAGAUACCUGGAGAAUGGAGACAACACUGAGCCACAGGAACCCAGUGAAAAGGGAACAAAAGUCCAUGCUCGCAUUUUGAGACCUAACGAUCUGCGCAAGGGCAAACUUUUAGGAUCAGGAGUCUUUGGCACUGUGCACAAGGGUUUCUGGACUCCUGAAGGGGAUUCCUUGAAGAUUCCUGUUGCAAUAAAAACCAUCCAAGACCGCAGUGGGCACCACAACUUUACUGAGAUUACAGAUCAUAUGUUGUCCAUGGGCAGUCUGGAUCAUCCGUAUAUCGUACGAUUGCUGGGAAUCUGUCCUGGACAAAGCCUGCAGUUGGUCACCCAGCUCAGCACUCACGGCUCCUUGCUACAGCAUCUUCGCCAAAACACUCACAACCUGGACCCUCAGCGCCUCCUUAACUGGUGUGUGCAGAUAGCCAAGGGUAUGUAUUACCUAGAGGAGCACCGCAUGGUCCACAGGAACCUCGCUGCUCGGAACAUCCUGCUGAAAAGUGACUAUAUCGUGCAGAUCGCUGACUUUGGAGUUGCUGACCUGCUCUAUCCUGAUGAUAAGAAAUAUGUCUACAAGACUCCUAUAAAAUGGAUGGCAUUAGAGAGUAUCCUGUUCAGGAGAUACACUCACCAGAGUGAUGUCUGGAGUUAUGGUGUGACAGUAUGGGAGAUGAUGUCAUAUGGAGCAGAACCAUAUGCAUUCAUGCAUCCUCAGGAUGUUCCCAGUCUGCUGGAGAAGGGCGAGCGGCUGGCACAGCCACACAUCUGCACCAUUGAUGUCUACAUGGUCAUGGUCAAGUGUUGGAUGAUUGAUGAGAACAUAAGGCCUACAUUUAAAGAACUGGCUAACGAGUUUACCAAAAUGGCAAGGGAUCCACCUCGUUACCUGGUCAUUAAGAAGGAUCAAAAUGGUAAUGCAGCAGAUGAGAUCAAUUUCCGAGAGCCCAGGCUAACGCAGGCUGAACUGGAAAGUGAAGAUGAGGAGGUGGAUGAUGGCUUCAAUACUCCUCCGCUUCACAUAUCACCAUCAAGGAGCCGGCUGCGAAUAGGCUCUUACAGGAGUAACACAGGCCAGUCCAUGCCGGUGGGGUACCUGCCCAUGACUCCAAGUGCCGGGGAUGACUUCAGACAGCAGAGGUCCCAGAGGAGACGUCUAGGUUCGGCUAGAACUACCUCAGAGAGCUCAGAGGGAAGGGGCACCAUGGUGGACGUGGAAAUAGGCGACAUUACAUCACAAGAUGGCAGCUUACGGAGGGGACGCAGUCGAGGAGACAGUGCCUACCGGUCCAACUGUGUCUCUGUAGCAUCUGAUCCCUUGUCCCCAGGGAUAGAGGUAGUUGAAGAGGAUUCAGAUGGGUACGUCCUGCCCAGAAGUGCCAACAUCUCAGAAAGAGAUGUUUUGUUGACUCGAUCCAGCUCUAGGGCCAGCAGGGCAUCCAAGAAUGGCAGGAUUCAUUUAUCACCCUUAGUUUUAGUCACAGAUCCCCUGCAAGAGUAUGAACUAAUGAACAAACGGUCGUCUCAUUCACCUGGAACAGCCACAGACGUUUCUAGCAACGUUCCUGUCCUCCAGCAAUCACCCUGUACUGAUAUGAGCUGUUAUAGCAGCCCUUCACCACAGGAACCACUUCAAACACAAAAUGCCAUGCAAUGCAAUGGCACUUCUGAGAAAACUGAAGAUGAGGGAGAGUCUAAAAAUGACCAUUCUGACAAUAUUGCAGCUCAAGAUGAGAGUCAGUCACAGCAGACUGUGGGUGAGUAUGAAUAUAUGGACAUAAGGACUGAUUCAGCACUAGAAGAUGCCCAGAUCAGCUCUGCAGAAGUACCUGAAAGCUCAGAUGAGCCCAGAGAAAAUGUAAUUUACCAGAAUGCUUCUGAGCUAUCGGUAGUGACCGGCAAUGCCAGCAGACUGAGCAGCAAGCCGGACGAGGACACGACCGUCGCCGUUCAGCCUGAAGAAUACGAAGACAUGAACUCAUGUGGGAGAGUAAGCAUGUCAGGUGCUCAAAUGGAGUACCAGAACUUUCCAGCCAAGGGAAGAACAGUGACAGGAGACGAUAAACACGUCCCAAACAUUAGGGCAUUCAGAGGAGCAUGUGCUGGAGUGGAUGAGAAGAACAGCAACACGUCUUUUGACAACCCAGACUACUGGCACAGCAGACUGUUUCACAAACCCGACGCUGUAUGCACAUAACAAAAUACAGAUUGAUUUAGACUUAGACUGUGGCAGCUGGAUUGCCCACUGAAUUUUAUGACCUCAUUUGUUAAAAGUGUAUGGACAGAUCUGUGUUUAAAUUGUAAAUAUGAACCUGUCAGUUCGAUAUGUGUGGGGAUUAUUAUUAAAUCAAUCUGUGUACAUAAUUGUGUCUAUUUUAAAGGGAAACAACAUGUAUCAUAUAGAUUAUCAGAUGCAUUAGCGAUAUCAGGGCUAAUAUGACAUGUAACACAAUUUUAUUGAAAUACCAGAGGACCCAAUGACUGUAACAAAAACACUGCCUUUUAGUAUUCCUCUGAAAACCAUUAUGGAUAACCCGUUAAAUCUUCUUAAAACAAUAUUUAUAUAUAAUAUUAUUAUAUACUUUCCAUUUUUAUGUGAAAUAUGUUAUCCUGUUAAAUGCUGAGAAUUAUACAUAAAUAGUCCUCAUAAUCAUAUUUUCUCCUGUGUGAAUUACGGUAAGAUAUAAACUUAAUUGCCUAAGUGUUUGUGUUACUACUAACAGAAUUACCCAGUUUACAACAAACAGUUGUCCACAUGCGUAAUGUGUUAAUAUUUGCUGUUAACUUCAUUACUGAUUUAUACCUUUAUUUCAUUUAAUAUCUCAUGAGAAAUAAAGUUUCCCCAUCUGUUUUUCCAGUA